ACUAUGAAGGAUCGGCUGAGAUUUGAUAGAAAUAUAUUUGCGGAAGUGGUACAGCGGGCGCUGCAUGGCGGACUCGAAAUGCAUGGCAUAGCACAAAGGUGCAUUGGAUGACGGAAACGCACAGCAUCAUGUCCAUAUCGAAGUUGCGCAGCCGGCCAGCAAUUCUGAAGCGGCAGGAACAUGUAAGAAGCCCCAAUGGAGGCGGUGGCAGUGGUGUUAGUCGAACUAACAUUGCUGAUGCACACAAAACUGCCAAAUCAAUAACACCCGCUGCGAUCACAAAACAACUGAAUACUGCACCAACGAAUGCGGCUGCUGUGACAACUGCACACACUCUAAUGGUGAAGCAGCAACAACAAAGUCAACUUCCACAAGCCACACAAACCUAUAUACCUCAAACAUCACUGCUGAAAAUUGAACCAUUUGUUCCUAGUCUUACUACACGGCUGCGGCAUCCAUUUGGACGCUCUUAUACUACACUAAGCACCACAACCCCGAAAGCUGCAACAGCCAGUAGCAACAACAAUCAUAAACGUAAAAUACCAGCCAACACAAAUGCUGCUACCGCACUCAAUUCGCCACUGUUGGGGGCAGCAAUUGAUAGCAACCACGUCAAAGCGAACGCCACAACUACGCGCGCAACACUCGCUGUCCAUCUGCGACGCAAUCCUGUUCGGGCAAUAGUCACGCGCCAACGUUCCAAAUCCACCUCCGCCACGAAUCAACGACCACCAAAAUAUCGAAAUUUAUCACCGAAUAUGUUAUUGAAUAGCCAACACAUCGCGGCAACGCAUAGUGCGAGCGCUGUUGCUGGUGCUGAUGCCGCAGGUGAUGGCGGUCCUAGUGUUAAUAGCAGCGCCAGCGGAAAUUCCAAUGCAGCUAUUGUUACAUUGCAGCCAAAUGGUAUUUGCCGUAUAACUCGUUCCUCACAAGAGCGCGAAAAGCAACCGGAUCGAAUUAAUUAUGAUCGACGUGGGCUCAGUGCGAUACCGAUAUUUGAGCAUGAAACACAGCUGCGUCUGCUGUCGCUACAACAUAAUCUCAUCAAUAUUUUUCAAAUACCAAAAGAAGAGCCUCCGUCACCACCACCACCACCGCUGGUCACUUCAGUACCCACGAUAGCACCAACAGACGUUCAAUCUGAGUUUGGUAGAAGCAAACAAAAUGCGCUCAUUCUAGCUAAUGACCUAAAUUUAGCGAAACCACUACGACGCCAAAGUGAGCGUGUUGGUGCCGGAAAGAUAGACCGGUCUGCUAACGGUGUCAAUGUACGCUUGACGCUUGCUUUGGCAUCAACAAAUGCACGUCAAUUGAAUAGCAACACCGUAACGCCGCCACCACCGGCCCCACCGCCUUCUCCGCUGGGACAGAUAGAACCACUGCCACGUCCUCCGCCUCCUCAUCUUUACCAACAACUGCUGCAGCAACGUCUAACUACCGGUGCAAGUAAUAAUUUGAUUAAAAAUUUGCAGUAUAAUGCGCCAUUGCUGCCGCUGGUACGUCAGCCGAUGCCUUGUCGUUUUGCACUUAAACGCUCCAAAAGUUUUAUCACUAACAUACCACGCCAUCUGAGCAUCAUUCAGCAAAAUUUGCUGAAAACGCAAAUAGCGCGUGUUAAACUCAGCACGACAGGUGCAGAAGCGCGGCUAAAAAGUUUCGAUUCGAACACCAGCGCGCUAACCAACAUUACAGAGUCGUCUUCAUCUACUUUGGAAAUUUCGACUACAAAUACAAUUGUCACCAAUAAAACGAGCAACUCUGAUGGCUCAACUUUUGCUGUGAGCGAGCUCGAAGAAGACAAUCCUCUACAACAACUGACUGUUAAGAAUAGACAACUUGUUGCUUCUUAUGGCAUGAUUUUUCAAGAUCUAGUCUUUCUCGACCUCUACGACAAUCAAAUCGAACGCAUAGGCAACUUGGACGGCUUGCCUAUGCUCUCCGUGCUGUUGCUGGGUAAAAACCGUUUGACCGACAUCGGUGGACUCAGCUCAGUGAGGCAAACGCUUCGUGUACUCGAUCUGCAUGGCAAUAAAAUCGCCAACAUCGCUAAUAAACUCAAUUGUCUUCAAGAGCUCAAGUCUCUCAAUUUGGCUGGCAAUUUAUUGCGGCAAAUAGGACCAAACGAUUUUAGUGGCCUGGGGCAGUUACGAGAGCUAAAUUUGAAGCGCAAUAAAAUCAAGCGCAUUAGUGGUUUUGAACAUCUCGUAGCAUUGGAGCGGCUGUGGCUCUGUCACAAUGAGCUGCAUCGCGUGGACGAUAUGGCUUCCAUUGCCAGGGCAACCAAUUUACUUGAGAUAGCCAUCGAGAAUAAUCCCGUUUCUCUGGCAGGUGACUGUGUCUCAUUUCUUGUCAGCCAUUUGCCGCGCCUGCAAUCGCUCAGUCAGAUGCCCAUUACCGAGCAGGUACGUUGUGCCGCUAUGUCUUGGAGACGUAAUAAAGAGAUUUCGGACACGCAUUAUGCACACCUCUCGCCUGACGCCUAUCAGAGCAUUAAACGAGAGGAGGUAAUCUCGAAUGCACGCACAAAUUGGGAGUUGUUAAGGUCACAAAAGUCGUUGCAACAGCACAGUUUUACACAAAAACAUACACAGCAACGACUGACGCAAGCAUACCCAGCAGCGCCACGCAUCGCAAUACCCACCGAAUUGGCCUGCAUAAACGAAUCCACUGAGGUGGCAGGAAAUACCACAGAAGAGGGUGGGUUGCUCGUGGCUGAAUUUGUGUCAGAAUUAGAAGAAUUUAUUAAGGUGCCGCCCAUACAGCCGCAGCAACAAAAGCACCCAGAACCACAACAACAACAUGAACUGCAACAGACACUGCGACAGCCACAAAAACCAGAGCAGACUACGUCAACGCCUACAACAACAAAACCUAAUGCACAGCAGCCACAUAAUUUAAGCAGCAAUGCCAAAUGCAAUAAAAACAAAAACAAUAAUGUUGAAAAUAGCAACAACAGCAGCAACAGCGCACGUAACUCCGGCUCAUCAGUGUCUAGUUUAGGCCCGAAUAUUCAAUCCUCUUCUAGUUGCUUUAGUUCCGACAACGAGGACUCCACUGAGUUACGCCAACGCGCCACACGCAUUCACAAACGCCAAAAGGCAGCGGGGCAACAACAGCGACGGAGUGGGACGAAUGAAUUUGGGAUUGAAAAUUCUGUAGUAAAAGAAAAGAGUAGUUCGGCGCAAAACGCAAAAUCUACCAAUAGUGACGCUGAAAUGGCUAUCAAAGCCAAUAACGAAGCUGAGAGGGACGAACAAAGAUCUAACAUAACCACUAGCACUGUGACCACUGGGUCAGAAUUGGAGGCAAAUAGAAUAACCACAAAGUAUGCCAAUGCAAUGAGCCCCGACAUAGUCAAUUUGUCGACACAACAGGCAUCACAAGCAAACGUAAAAGAAAAUAUUACAGUAAAGGCUUUGGAGUCUGUCAGUCAGGUGGACAAUAACUCAUCAAUACUGACGCCGAACCGCAAUUCUAAUGCCAGCAAAACAACAUUGGCACAACAAAAAGUGGCUACCACAACAGCCAUAAUUGGAAGUACCCCCACAGCGCAAAUUACAAGCCGAGGUAGCUCACUAAGUCUGGGAUUUAAAGAGCACCUGUGUAUGCCUGUGCAGGCGCCACAACAAACAACCAGCAGUGGCAAUGGCGGACCAACAGGACAUGCAAGAGCGGCAACGCGCACAGUGUGUCGUCGUCUAAUGAGGUCACAGACAAUUGUGGGCGCCAGCGGUGUUGGCACAAAUAACUGCUCACCAGCCGCAGCCAUUAACGGAAAUGAAGUGUGCAGCGGUAAGCGCACAGCAAACACAAGCAGCGGCAGCAACAACAAAAGCAACAACAAUAAUGGUAAAGCGAUAGCAAAUGCCACGUUGACGCCGUGCAACGGUCAAGCGCCAACAAAGCCAACUGUCACCUGCAUAGUGGCGCCUACACCACUCAGCGCAGCGAACAACUCGCUGUUAGGCGGCCCACGCGCUUCGACUGCUGGCAAGGGGGAACGAGAGGUGCGCGAACGCGAACGCGAACAGGGCGGUGACUAUCUCAUCGAGAUUUGUGGCCGCUACCUGAACGUGUACGGCCAGGGCGCAUUGCGCUAUAUCGACAAACAGUGGAAUGCAACGAAAGCGCAAGAUGUGCAUACCUUGAAUUUUAGCUACAUCAAUUUCAACAAUAUCGCCUCUACAAUAUUGGCGCGCGUCAAGUCGCGAUUUCCAAAUGUUGAAAAUUUUGUAUUUCGUGAAACGAACAUCGAAUAUAUUGGCCAGCUGAACGCAUUGGCCGAACUGCAAGGCAUUAGUUCGCUCACCAUCGAUCCGGAGGGAAAUGCAAUUACCACAAAGGAUUUGUGGCGUGAAUAUGCCAUUUAUCGACUGUCACACUGGGGGCUUAAGCUGAUCAAUGGUGUCACGGUCACGGAGGCAGAAAUCGAGACAUCGAAUGAAUUGUAUGAAGGUCUAUCCGAUUUAGUGCUGUGGGCGAUGCCGGCGACGAUGCUGCAACCAUUGUUGGCGCGUUUACGGUUAGACGAAACAUGUACGGCCAGUAAAAUGUCGCCUAAAGAGUGGCUAAUGAAGCCGGAAAACAAAUCAUUGCGCCUAGUCGUUGGCAAGGAGGCGCUGCAAUGGAAAAAGCCAACACCUACUAAUGGCACUAACAACAAUGGCAACGUCGCGAAUACUAGUGGGCACCACCAACAGCCAAUGCAUUAUGCCGUUAAAGAGGCCAGUGUAGUCGUGGGCGUCAAUCCCAACACCAACUUCAAUGCGCUUAGUAUGCGCGAACGGGGCCGCUUGCACUUUGCCACCAUGCUCGAGAACACUGUGAACGCGAUGGAGAAAAUGCGUAUGCUGGAAUCGCUGUGGUCAAGUAUGCUGCUGGAUAUCGUGCGGAAUGCACUACUCGAUUACUCGCAUCUCGACGAAUAUUUGCGCAAUGAAAUGGAGGAAAUCAUGAAGUAACAACACCAAACAUGGGUGCCGCUUUGAUGGGGAGAGUGAACGAAGCGAAGUCGCCUGUGGCCAAAGGCACUAUUUACGCGCGGGAGUAUCUACAUAACUAUGCGCCUGCCGGAGAAAUUAUUGACGUCUCUGAGGACGGGAUUUGUGUUCAAUUCGAUGGGAGUCGCCACCGUCAGUAUACGAUAGUGCAAUAAAUUUAGUGA